AUGCGAAGACAUGGAGAUCAGGACUUUUCGCCACCGUCGAAGCGACACAGAGAUAGAUCAGGAUAUUCAGAGAGACAUCGAUCAGUAUCUCGAAACUCUCCUAGUUCGAGGUCUAAGUAUUCUCUCUCAAAUAGACACUCCUCAAGACCAAAGAAUUCAGAAGGAAGGACUCAUGGGUUAGAUCAUUCCAGAACUAUAUGUGUGAGAAACAUUUCAUCUAAGUUAAGUGCCGAUGUUGUUGAACAAUGUAUGUACCGGGAACUAGGAAAGUAUGGAGAUCUUUCUAUUAAUGUUGGGCAUUUGGGUGGCGAACGCGUCGCUCUGGUUACCUAUCAAUAUUCUGAAGACGCACAAGAAGCGCUCUGUGAUAGCCCAAUAAUUUACAUACUUGAUCGCCCUGCAAAUGUUACCUCAUUAAUUGAUAUUUCUAAUGAGGGUGAUACGCGUAAAGUAAUUGCCAGUAAAAAACGUCAAGAAGGAAUGGAAGCUGAAGAUAUUAAUGACCGACGACAUCUUAUGCACAAUAUCCCCGGCAAAGUAGAGUCCACUUUCCCCGAUUUUUUACCUAAACCAACUCCACUAGGUCCAUCAGGUACUACAAGCUUACUUGGUAUGCCUGGAAUGGCAUCUUCCACCAUGAUGGCUGCUGCUGCAAAGGCUCUUGGUCUGAAUGCUGUCCCUGGGGUGUUGCCACCAGCACAGUUAAAUACAAUCACUUCUCACAAUCGUUAUGGCUCUGCAAACCUUCGACACUAUGAACAUAACAGAAGUGGGUUCUCUCCUGGAGCAUCCGAUUCAGAAAAAGAGUCUAAAGCUACAAGGACUUUAUUUGUUGGAAGUUUAGAACCAGAUAUAACGGAAAAAGAGGUACUCUCAGCUUUUGAGAGGUAUGGUUUUGUUGAACAAAUUGAUAUUAAGCGUUCUCCGAAACCUGGUGCUCAUUCUUAUGCAUUUGUACGCUUUCAGAAUGUUGAUAUGGCCAGUCGUGCGAAAAUGUCCAUGUCUGGUCGUUUUAUUAGAUCCCUACAUUGCAAAAUAGGUUAUGGUAAGGCGAUCCCAUCUCACUGUCUGUAUAUUGGUGGAUUAGAAUCGUGGACUUCCGUUGAUUCACUACAGCGUAUGCUCUCUCGUUUUGGACAACUAACUUAUCUUGAUUGGUCUCCUAGACGUAAAUAUGCAAUCGCCGUUUAUGACAGCUGUGAAUCAGCACUGGAAGCUAAUAGACAAUUAAAAAGUCCCUCAGCAACUAGUCGUCCGAAUUUAAGACUUCGUGUAGAUUUUAUAAACCCGGAAUUAGUCCAACCAAAGUCACAGAUUUUAAACAAGACGGACUCUAACAUGGAAGGUGACUGUCAGGACAAUCAAAUGUCAGAAUCACGAAAUGCUACAUUUAGGUCUGAUAAUGGAAUUCCUCUAACCGCAAAUAACUGUCGUAUUCGAACAAAUGAUCAUUUUGAUGGGGGACCGUACACGACGAACCAGUAUUACAUAGAAGAUCCUGUCGGUGAUAAAAAUCUCACUACUGUACGACACUUACCUUAUGUAAAACCACCUUUUCAUAUAUCUAAUCGAUAUCACACAUAUAAUCGGAACACAUCUCGCUACUCGGACAACCACAGUAUACUCAGUCCAGUAGAAGAUAUUCCACGUAACCUGAAAUCGAUCGUCACCCUUCAAGAACUAGACCAGUGUCUACAACCAGAUUUAUGGAAAGGAAAGUUCUUAUUGAAAAAUAACCAUUUUUAUUUUCGCUGUUUGAUGUUAAUCGGUAAUAAAGAUAUUAGUCAAGAUUUACUGGAUUAUAAAGAUAAUAACAGUAAUUCCGAACAACUAACUAAUCCAACUUUACGUAUUUCACGCCGGGGCACUCUUGAUGCUUCAUGGAUGGCGGAAGCUACGCAUCGUAUUCAUAAUGUACUAUCUACAGCACGUCAUAACUUAUGCCUCAUGCUAAUAUUACCCGAUACGGAGCAAACUAAUAAGUAUCUGCACAAGGAAUCUAAACUGAAUGAUCAGUCGAACACUGAAAUUACGAGUGUAAAAUCAACAAUAAAUGAUUGUUUCUCACUACACGCUUUGAUUGCUUAUUUAAAAUUAAAACAAUCAGCUGGUAUAAUCUGCCCAAAGGAGGAAGAAAUACAACAAGAAUCACUGGAUAAUAAUUCCGAGAAAACAAUCACAACACAACGUUCAUCUUUAAUAGUAUAUUUAUUUGCACCAAGCAGUUUUGCAUUAAGUUUAUUAAAACAAGCAGCACCUUGCUUAAGUUCAGACUUGGCAACAACAAGUGAUUAUAUGAUCCUUUUAGCACUUAGGCGGUAA